AUGUACAGUCGACAUGGACGUGCUUUCUCAGAUGUGGCUGCACUUAGUGUAUACGGUUUUACUGUGACCAACGGUAUUUAUGAACAAUCAUUCAGUACGAGUAUGUCAGGACCAAUAUGGGCUGGUAUUGUUUCAAUUCUCAAUUCAUAUUCAAUAAAUAUAACAAAUCGAACAUUAGGUUUUCUCAAUCCAUUGUUAUACAAGAUGACUAAGGAAUGUCCAAAAUGUUUUAAAGAUAUAACAUCAGGAGAUAAUAUAUGUUUGCCAGGCACCUGCAAUGAUCAGUGUAAAGGUUUUCAAACUAGUUGUGGUUGGGAUCCUGUAACAGGACUUGGUACUCCGAAUGUUGGCAAGAUAUUGAAAUAUAUAAAAAAGUUAUUAGAAAAGAAGAUAAAGGAAACCAAUAACUAUCGUAAAGGAUAA